ACAUAGUAUUACCAUUUGGACUCUGGCGUUUGUGUUGAAUUGCAGAUUUAUAGUGAUUUGUUAUCAUUUGUUAUUGUCAAGGAACAAACAUUUCUAGUUUAAAAAUAUUGACAAUGAGUGAAGCAGCAUCAUCAAAUGCUUCAGUUGGCCAAACUUUCGCUGAAAAACAUGCAGAAAGAUUGAACCGCUUAAAAAAUCUUCACGUAAAAAGGAACGAAGCACGUCAACAAAACCACAAGGAAGUUGUUGAAGAGGAUAAACGGAACAAGUUGCCUUCUAAUUGGGAAGCUCGUAAGCGUCAAGCAGAUUGGUUACUGAAUGAUGAAAAAGCAAGAAAAGAUGCUGAAGCAAAAGGUCUUGAUUACGAUAGAGUAAAAAUGUUACAUGUCAAUGCAAUAGAAGCUGAACGAUUGUCAAGAAAGAAAAAGAAAAUUUCACCAAAUGACGGGUUUGGUGAUUAUGAACAAGCAACAGUACGUCAUUAUAAUCAACUUGUAAAAAAUAUAAAACCAAAUAUGGAAGCCUAUGAAGAAGCAAGGGAAAAACUUGGACCAGCUUUCUACGGGGACAGGAACACAAUUUUACAUGGUUUACACAAAGAUAAAAAAGAAGCUAUAGAUAAAAUGGUUGCUGACUUGGAUAAACAGGCUGCUAAGCGUGAAAAAUAUAGCAGAAGACGAAUGCAUAACGAUGAUGCUGAUAUUGAUUAUAUCAAUGAAAGGAAUGCUAAGUUUAACCAGAAGCUCGAACGGUUUUAUGGAGAACAUACAAGAGAAACCAAACUCAAUCUUGAACGCGGCACAGCCAUUUAAAA